AUGGCGCUGCGGCCGGGAUCAUCUGGAGGCGGCAGUUUCAUGUAUCCUGUCGGAGGGAGCUUGGGACCGCCACAAGGCAUGAUGCCCAUGCAGCAGCAGCAACAGACACAGCAACAGCAGCCACAGCAGGGAUUCCCAAUGGUCCAAGUCAUGCAGCCAAAUAUGCAAGGCAUGAUGGGAAUGAAUUUUGGGGGACAGAUGCCUCCAGGAGCGAUACCCAUGCAGGCAGGGAUGGCGAUCGGGAUGCAGACCCCUGGGAUGCCGUUUUUGGCCCAGCCCCAGUUCAUGGGCAUGAGACCUGCUGGCCCACCGUACACCCCAGACAUGCAGAAGCAAAUGGCUGAGGAGCACCAAAGGCGUCUGGAGCAGCAGCAGAAGAUGCUGGAGGAGGACAGGAAACGGCGACAGUUUGAGGAGCAGAAGCAGAAGCUCAGGCUGCUCAGUAGCGUCAAACCCAAGACGGGGGAGAAAAGCCGGGACGACGCCCUGGAGGCGAUAAAGGGCAAUCUGGACGGUUUCAGCAGGGACGCCAAGAUGCACCCCACGCCAUCUUCUCAGAGCAAGAAGCCAGACUUGUCGUCUUCAUCAUCAUCACCAUCACCCCACUCCUCUGUCACCACCCCGUCUGUCCCCCCACCUUUAUCUGAGGACAAUGAUGAAUUUAGUGACUUUCAAGGGUCUGCCUCCUCCUCCUCUUCCUCCUCGUCUGGUGUGACGUCCUCCCGCAGGCCCGUCAUGGCCGCACCUGCCAUGACUGUUUUCCCUGAGGGGGACGAGGAGUUUAGCGACUUUGUUCAGGGCCCUGUCGGUUCCGAACCCUCGCUCCUUUCCCCUCAAGUGCACCCUUCCCUCCCUUCCUCUGUGUCCCUUCCCACUGCUGCACUUCCUCCACACACUGCCAUCAGCAGCAGCUCUCAAACUUCAUUUCAAGGCCCCUCUCUGGAAGAGAAGCUUUUCUCCUCUUGCGACCUCACCGCUGACAAGACGGCCCACUUGAACUUUAAACCCAGGCAGACGUUGACUGAAAUGAGUCCCAGAGCUAGAGUUUCCGCCCAGUUUCAGAGCAGCAGUAAGGCCAGGAACUGGGCCACGGCCUCCGCGGACUUGAAUCUUCAGUCCGUCUUCGUCAUGCAAAUACCACCCGAGGCCACUGCCUCGGGGCCCGACGUGGUGCCAACUGCUGCCAAUCCCUCCUCUCAAAGCAGUGCAGGUGUUGGUGUGUAUCCACAACAAGAGCAAAUCCAGUCCCUCCCGCCAGCUUGGUUGUACAACGACAGCCUCAUCCCAGACAUGUUCAAAAAGGUUCUGGAGUUCAGCAUGACUCCGGCCGGGAUCGACACAGCCAAGCUGUACCCGCUGCUCAUGUCGUCAGGUCUUCCUCGAGAGGCUUUGGGCCAAAUCUGGGCAUCGGCCAACCGCACGACACCUGGCAUGUUGACUAAAGAGGAGCUCUACACUGUGCUGGCGCUAAUAGGUGUUGCACAGAGUGGCCUGCCUGCAAUGAACGUGGAAAUCCUUGCUCAGUUUCCAUCGCCACCGGUUCCUAACCUACCGGCCCUCGCUAUGGCCUUGGCCCCCGUCAUGUCCCAGCACCAGCAGCCUAUAAUGACCCACCCGCCAGUGUCCAUGCCUAUGCCCGCACCGCCUUCCACAAUCAUGCCCCCCAUGACAACAGUACCGGCUCAGACAUCUGCGAACUUUAUUGCUAGUUUCCCUCCUGCUCAGGGAACCAAAGUGGAAGACGAUGACUUCCAGGAUUUCCAAGAGGCUCCCAAGGCUGGAACCGGCGAUCAGCCAUUCUCUGACUUCCAUGGAGAGUCAAGGGCAAGUUUCCCUGCCAGUGUAACGACACAGCAUCAAAGCAGUGCAACGGCCAUGUUAACUCCCCAGACCGGUGCAUCCACUGAUAAGUAUGCCGUCUUCAAGCAGCUAUCUGUGGAUCAGCCCGCAGAAAUCACGCCGCCUACCUCAGAUGGGGGAGACAAAUACAGUGUGUUUAGACAACUUGAAAAUCCCACUGACAGUAAACCAUUAGGUGAAGGAUUUGCCAAUUUUAAGUCCGUCCGAAGCGAUGACGGCUUCACGGACUUUAAAACCGCCGACAGCGUUUCUCCACUAGAGCCUUCGGAGCAGGCCAAGAUUUUCCAGCCCGCCUUUCCUUCUCCUUUCCCUAAUUCCCAAUCUGUUCAACAACAGCAGCAACCACCAGCCAUUUCUAUUCCUCAAACCAAAAACCUUCUCAACAUUGCAGACCUGGACCUUUUCUCUUCUAUCGCGCCCUCUGCCGAGACAAAAACUGGCACCAAGCCCGAAAGCUUUGGGGACUUUACCCUAUUUGGGUGUUCAUCUUCAGACACCACUCAAGCUCCGGCGCCGGCGCCGCGGGACGACUUCGCUGACUUCAUGGCGUUUGGCAGUUCUGGCGGGGAGCCCAAAGGCGACAAGACUUCGGACAAGUAUGACGCCUUCAAGAAGCUGUCCUUGGAGGGCGGUGGCCUGACCUACGACGACACCAAGGACGGUGGCAGUGACGACUUCGCCGACUUCCAGUCGUCCAAAUUCUGUACAGCGCUGGGUGCUUCGGAAAAGACGCUCGUGGACAAGGUGGCCACCUUCAAGCAGGGCAAAGAAGACUGCGCCUCUGUUAAGUCCUUGGAUCUCCCAUCCAUCGGCGGCAGCAGCGCUGGGAAGGACGACUCUGAGGACGCUCUGUCGGUGCAGCUGGACAUGAAACUGACCGACGUGGGCGGGGACUUGAAGCACGUCAUGUCAGACAGCUCGCUGGAUCUGACGGGGCUCUCGUCCCACCAGCCGCCCGCUACAGAAGGAGACGACAUGAAAUUUGACCCCUUCGGGACCUCAGCCCUCAGCAGCCUGGCCAAUUAUGACUGGUCGGAGCGAGAGGAACCGAACAUUCAGGGGGGUCCAACUUCUGUUCACCCUCCAAAUGCCAAACUCGAGAUUCCUGCCGCCUCGCCCGCCAAGUUGGCCGAGGAUGACAAGUUCCGACCCUUUGCCGACUUCACCGAUUGUGAAGACCGGAACGGCAAAAACGAGGAUGACUUUGGGGAAUUUGCCGGCACGGUGUCGGAGAAACCUGACUCGGCCCCCGAGAUCGCCUUGGAGGCUGACCCGAGUGAUGACCCGGAUGAUUUUGGCGCCUUUCAGGGAGACAAGCCAAAGUUUGGAAAAUCCGACUUCCUGAAAGCUAGCGCUCAGCCUAAAGUCAAAUCCAGCGAGGAGAUGAUCAAGAAUGAGCUGGCCACGUUUGACUUGUCUGUUCAAGGCUCUCACAAGCGCAGUCAUAGCCUGGGUGAAAAGGAGAUUGGUCGCCCGACCCCAUCACUGCCUCCUGAGCAGCCUUUCCGAGACCGAUCCAGCACCCUAAGCGAGAAGCCUACCCUUCCCGUCAUCCGUGACAAGUACAAGGACCUGACUGGAGAGGUGGAGGAAAGCGAGCGUUAUGCUUACGAGUGGCAGAGAUGUUUGGAAAGUGCUCUUGAGGUUAUCACCAAAGCCAACAACACCCUGAACGGCAUCAGCAGCUCAUCUGUGUGCACUGAGGUCAUCCAGUCCGCUCAGGGCAUGGAGUAUCUUCUGGGUGUGGUGGAAGUGUACCGCGUGACCAGGCGGGUGGAACUCGGCGUCAAGGCAACGGCGGUGUGCUCGGAGAAGCUGCAGCAGUUGUUGAAGGACAUCAGUCGCGUCUGGAACAACCUCACUAGCUUUAUGUCACUAGCUAAGCUGGUGCCCGAUGAAAGCUCUCUUGAUUUCACUUCCUGCGUUCUGCGGCACGGUAUCAAGAACGCCAAGGAGUUGGCGUGCGGGGUGUGCCUGCUCAACGUGGACUCUCGUAGCAAGACUAAAGAAGGAAGCACACUCGGACGCCUUUUUAAAAGAGCAUUGACUCCAGAAAGUGUUCGGAAGUCUGCGGCGUUCAACUCAGAGACAGACAACUUCAAGCUAGUGUAUGGAGGGCACCAGUACCAUGCUAGCUGCGCUAACUUCUGGAUCAACUGCGUGGAGCCCAAGCCACCAGGACUCAUCCUGCCCGACUUGCUCUAA